GGAGGGGAGCCCGCGGCAGCCACUCGGAGGAACGGUAGUGGAGCCUCCGAACAACUUUAACUGUCAAUCAGACUUAAUGGGGUAUUAAAAAAUGGGGGGGGAAGAAGGGCAGCCCUCUCGCUCCGUGCCGCUGCUGCCCCGGGAGCGAGUGAAUAAGGCGGCGCUGACGAGGGCGUCCGAUCCACACGCGCUCGGCACCCGGGCCCUCUCCAAGUUGGAAAGGACAAAAAGAAGGCAAUAAAUGCUAACGGGGGAGAGAAAGGGAGCCGGAUCGAGCGGCAACUCCCGGCCUCUGCUGGGAGCGGGAGGGAGAGAGCCGGAGACAGCGAGCGCGCGCGAGGGCGAGCCAUGCACGUAGAGAAACUGACACCGGGACCCCCCACUUCUCCUGCACGUUGCUGGCAAUCAGAUCGCGUUUAAGCAAUUUCCUGAGCCCAAGAAUAGCAAUGAGUCGGGAGACUUUCGCGGGCUGAAAUUGGGAGCUCCAAGCUCUCCCCCCCACCACCACUUUUUUUUUUUCUUUCCUGGAGAAGGGGUGGGGGGGGGCGCUACAAUUUGGAAACGGCCUUUUUUUUUUUUUUUUUUAAAUCUUGCACUUUGAAACCGCGGGACUGUAGCAGGGUGCGCGCUGUGGUUGGUGCCUUUUUUUUCCCCUGCCUAAACUCCUCUGUCAGCCUGUAAACAUUACCUGAGAAUUCCCCAGCCGAAACGACUGCUGGGGCAAGAAACUUCUUGUUAGAACUUUCCACCUCCGGCUUCCCCUCCAGCCCUCUCACAGUCCCAACCUUCUCAGACGCUUUUUCUCCUCCGAGGAGGAUUUAUCUUUUUUUUUUUCCCCUCUUUCUUUUUUCUUUUUCUUUCUCUGUGUGUUUUUUUUUUUUUUUUUUCCCUUCACCCGGUGCUUUGCUUUUGGGAAGAGGUGAUUUCAAGAGUGGCCAGGUGGGACGCCUCUCUCCCCCUUCAUUCGGUUUAUUUAUUAUUGUUCGGGGUGUUUUCUUUUUUAAUUCCUGUUUUUGCUCGGUCCGGGGAGGUUCGCCCCCCUGCCUGGCUCCGCCGCGCGGAGGAUGGUGUGGAAAUGGCUGGGCGCGCUGGUGGUGUUCCCUCUGCAGAUGAUCUAUCUGGUGGCCAAAGCAGCCGUCGGACGGGUGCUGCCCGCCAAGCUCCGGGACCUGUCGCGUGAGAACGUGCUCAUCACCGGCGGCGGGAGAGGCAUCGGGCGCCAGCUCGCUCGCGAGUUCGCAGAACGCGGCGCCAGAAAGAUUGUUCUCUGGGGCCGGACUGAGAAAUGCCUGAAGGAAACGACAGAGGAGAUUCGGCAGAUGGGCACUGAGUGCCACUACUUCAUCUGUGACGUAGGCAACCGGGAGGAGGUAUACCAAACGGCCAAAGCUGUCCGGGAGAAGGUGGGCGACAUCACCAUCCUGGUGAACAACGCCGCCGUGGUCCAUGGGAAGAGCCUGAUGGACAGUGACGAUGAUGCCCUUCUCAAGUCCCAGCACAUCAACACCCUGGGCCAGUUCUGGACCACCAAGGCCUUCUUGCCGCGCAUGCUGGAGCUGCAGAAUGGCCACAUUGUGUGUCUCAACUCCGUGCUCGCGCUGUCUGCCAUCCCCGGUGCCAUCGACUACUGCACGUCCAAAGCCUCGGCCUUCGCCUUCAUGGAGAGCCUGACGCUGGGGCUGCUGGACUGCCCGGGCGUCAGCGCCACCACCGUGCUGCCCUUCCACACCAGCACCGAGAUGUUCCAGGGUAUGAGGGUCAGGUUCCCCAACCUCUUCCCCCCGCUGAAGCCGGAGACCGUGGCCCGGAAGACGGUGGAAGCGGUUCAGCUCAAUCAGGCCCUCCUCCUUCUCCCAUGGACAAUGCAUGCCCUCAUUAUCUUGAAAAGCAUACUACCACAGGCUGCACUGGAAGAGAUCCACAAAUUCUCAGGAACCUAUACCUGUAUGAACACUUUCAAAGGGCGGACAUAAAGGCAGGAUGCAGAGACAUGCUCGAAAGCCAUGGAACCUGAGGGGGCCACGGCACGUGGGCACACCCCCAUGUGCCUGUCCCUUGGCACACUUCUGCUGGGUGAGCAGGACUGCUCCUGUCCCCAGGAAGAAUCCGGGUGAACCCCUAGGCCAGCCCCAGGACCUUUGCACAGGACUGAUGGGCGUAACUCUGACCCCCAUGGGGAGGCAAGAAACCAGCCAGCAGCCACCUUGACACUUUCAUACAUUUCUGAUUCUGUAGAGUUUAUUGUUAAAUUGCUUCUCGAGUCUAACCAGCCAUAGCAGUGUGUAUAGACUGUUUCCAGAAAGGUCUAUACCCAGAUGCUCUUUUCUUUCCAAAAUCCACCCAUCCUCCGCUUGUGCAAACUGGUUUUAUGGCAGGAAUGAUAAAUAAAGAGAUGGUUUUUG